GUUACUUCCAGUUGAGUGAUUUUGCUACUAUAAUUGGCAUGACAUAGUGCGAAUAUUUACAGACAUAAAGCUACCUACCUAGAAUGUCUGUAGAAAUCCUAUCAUCUGACUCUGAUGUACAACCCAAAAGUUUCUCGUAUGCGAGAAACGUAUUUUUCAGUUUAUUAAUCUCUAGUUUAAUAUUAUGGUAUGUGUAUUGGAGAAUAACUAGGCGACACAUGUUAGAAUGUGCCGAAAAGAUACCUGGACCUAAAGGAUGGCCACUUAUCGGAAAUGCGUUAGAUUGUCGAGGUUCUGCUCAUGAAAUCUUCAAGACAAUGUACAAUUAUGGAGAACCAUAUAACAUAAUGAAGAUAUGGGUUGGUCCCACACUCGUCAUCUUUAUUGGUGACCCGCGAGAUGCCGAAAUGAUUUUAAGUAGCACCGUUCAUAUCGACAAGUCCCCCGAGUACCGCCUUUUUGAACCAUGGCUAGGAAAUGGUUUACUUAUUAGCAGUGGUCAAAAAUGGAAGGCACAUCGAAAACUAAUUGCUCCGACGUUCCAUUUGAACGUAUUGAAGGGUUUUAUUGAACUAUUUAACGCAAAUAGUAGGGCCACAGUAGAAAAGCUGCGUAAAGAGGAAGGGAAAACCAUUGACGUCCAUGACAAUAUGUCCGAGGCAACGGUUGAAAUCCUGUUGGAAACUGCAAUGGGUGUUAGCAAAAAAACUCAGGAUCAGAGCGGACUUGAUUACGCGCUGGCCGUAAUGAAAAUGUGUGACAUCCUCCAUUUGAGACAUGCGAAACUGUGGAUGAGACCAGAUUGGAUUUUUAAAUUGACCAAAUAUGGGACUGCGCAAGGCACAUUACUGAAUAUCAUUCACAGUUUAACACGCAAAGUAAUCAAAAGUAAAAUGGAAGUGUGGAGUAGGGGAAUUAGAGGGUCUGUAGCUGAAGUACCAGAUGAGGUGCGUAUAAAAUCCAGUCCCAAGAAGGAAGGUAAACAGGUUAGCAGCGUUGUCGGGGGAGUAUCCUUUGGUCAAUCGACGGGUAUUAAGGAUGAUCUAGAUGUCGAAGAUGAUGUAGGUGAAAAGAAGCGAAUGGCAUUUUUAGAUUUACUAAUUGAGUCAUCGCAAAAUGGAGUUGUUAUAACAAGCGAGGAAAUUCGGGAACAAGUCGACACGAUCAUGUUUGAAGGGCACGAUACUACGGCCGCCGGAAGUAGUUUCUUUUUGUCUUUAAUGGCUGCCCAUCCUGAGAUACAAGAAAGAGUAAUUCAAGAAUUGGAUGAAAUUUUUGGCAAUUCAGAUCGUCCCGCCACAUUCGCAGAUACCUUGGAAAUGAAAUAUUUGGAGAGAUGCCUUUUGGAAACGCUUAGAUUGUAUCCUCCGGUUCCGGUUAUUGCCAGGCAGCUUAAAGAAAGUGUCAAACUUGCAAGUGGUGACUACAUACUUCCAGCGGGAUGUACAGUAGUGGUGGCAACAAUAAAAAUACAUCGACGCGAAGAUCUCUAUCCCAAUCCCUAUCAAUUUGAUCCAGAUAAUUUUCUUCCUGAGCGUACAGCAAAACGACACUACUACGGAUUCAUCCCCUUCAGUGCGGGACCCCGCAGCUGUGUGGGACGAAAAUAUGCCAUGCUGAAAUUGAAGAUUCUGUUAUCAACUAUAUUGAGAAAUUUCCGGGUUCGUUCUCACUUGACAGAGAAAGAUUUUAAAUUACAGGGUGACAUAAUUCUGAAACGCGAAGAAGGUUUUCCGGUGCACUUUGAGACAAGGAAGCAUGCUGUUAAGGCUUAAGUUUUAAAUGUUUGUAUAUUUAAUUGUUAAGAAAGAAAUUCUGUAGACAUUAGAUGCACAUCCACAAAAUCAAAAA